AUGGCAUCAUCAUCGACGCGAGGACGUCGUACUGAAUGUGAACUGCAGCCUGUGGUGGGUGGUCGUGGAACGCAGAACAGUGCCAGUGCGGCACUGUUCAGUUCACCGUCGUCGAGGAGUAGCGGUGUGCAUCAUCGAACACGAUCAUCAUCAAAAAGCCAAAGCCCACCGGUGAAACGAGUUCGUACGCCGAAACUACCACAUACACCACAGGGAAGUCCGCGAAAGUCACGCGGUGGACGACGUCGUUCGAGUUCUGCGAAACUGGGAACCUCUGCCGAUGAGACGACCGAAGAAGAUGACGAAACGACGGCAGCGGAGAUGAGUGAACGUGAAAGUCAGUACUUUGACCCAGUUCGAAUUCAAGCGAUCAUGGCCAUCGCGCUUGCUGUAGUUCCCCUCAUGGGGAGCGUAGACGAGGGGUUGUUUAGGAUAAUGCCUUCGGGAUUACCUUAUGGUGAAUAUCGACCACUUGCAAUGGUUGUUAUUCGCUUACCAUGGGCAGAAGACGGCAGCGCCGUCAGCGCGGUGGCGGCGGCACGAUGUCGGGGCGAUGACGAUGAGUGCGUUCGUCGUUCGUCGCCAUCCGUCGAUUGUUGUGCAGUUAUGAAGUGA